AUGGCGUCCCUCAACAUAGAUCCCGACUUCAACACCCCUGGUCAUCCCAUCUUCCAGGCGGCCGACGGCGUCUGUUUCCGCUUUCCCUGGGAACCGCUUGUCACCAACUCUUCGUUCUUUCGGGACCUCACGAGCAUUCCACUCCCACCCUGUGAUGAUCCGGACACCCAGGAAGUUAUUCCACUUCUCUCAGCGACCUCUAUCGCGCUCAAACUCGUGUUUCAGGUGCUCUCGCCGAACAAGUGGCCUCGGCAGAAGGUCAAACCCUUUCCGUACGAGCAUCUCGAGGAAGUGUUCAUCAUCGCCGACGCGUAUGACCUCAACGCCGUCCUUGAAUGUCUUUAUAAAUUAAGCAACGAUCCCUUUGUGGUAUUUACUAUGGCUAUGGCCCUCCGGGACGUUGCCAAAAUCGAGCUUGCAGCGCAUGCAGUAAUGAGGGCUGCCCAAAUACAUCCAGAAAUCGACUUCCUCUUGUGGAUCAAGAGUCCCGUCGCCCGCGCAAAGCUACACAGGCUCCGUGAAUACCACAAGACGCAUAUUACGGUCAAGCUAUUCAAGCAUAAGGCCAAAAUUCUGGCGCUAUCCAAGUACCACUUAUUCAAUAAAUCGUGCCGAAGGGAACCCCCGUGCUCCCCAAGCACCAAGUGGGACAACUUCUGUUCACUUGCCUUCAAGGAGAUCACUCGUGCCAUAUCGUUUAUUGAAGCUGGACACGGUCCUCAAGUAAUCAUUGAUGCCGUAGUGGCCGGCAUUGGGUGCCCAACUUGUGCUGGUCGCAUGUCCCAGCUGAUGUCGGACGCUGUAGGGUCGGCUCGGCCGGGAACCGACGGAAUUCUCAAACUGCACCAUUUCGAGCCAUGGUUCUAA